GAAGUGCGUCAGCGGUUGGUCAGUCUGAGCACGCAGCUCCACGCCCUGCAGGCGGCUGUGAUUCGUCAGGAUUCCAUCCUGGAGUUGUCCUUCACAGCAGGCCCCGCCCCCUCGCUCCCCGAAGGCCCUGCCCCCGGCCCCCGCCUCAGCCGCUCACUGUCGCGGGACGCGGGGAUGGACGCUGGCGGCGAGGCGCUGCUGCUGCGACGGCAGGUGGAGCUGCUGCAGCAGGAAGUGACACGGCUGCGGCUGAGGGGGGAGGACCCAACCAGAGACGGGGCGGAUCCAGUGACAAAGAGGAGGGGCAAUGGGGAGAUCAGUGAUGUCAUCAAGGGAGAACAGCAGGUGAACAGGAGGCGAGGCAGCAGGGAGUUGGAGUCCCGCCCCCUUGCUCCAUUGGCCAGUCAGGAUCCCGUCGACCAAUUAGACGGUGUUCAGGAAGGAAAUGAGGAGGAGGAAGUGACUAGGAUCUCUCCUCGCUCUGACAGUCCCAGAGACCUGCAGGACAUCCCAGAGGAGAGCGAGAGUUAACGAAACAGGAAGUAGAAGCAUCACAUCUGCUGGAGCCCUGCCCAUAGGGUCACCACACUACAUUACCCACAAUGCCUUUGGAUAUCAACAGAUAAACUGUAUUUAAAGUAGUGAAAGAAAAACAUUUCAUAGGUUUUUAAUUUGUGUUUCUGUCUUUUAAGAAACCAAAAAAA